UUGGGGAAGACGCUCGGCACUUCGCUGCAAAAUUUCGUCCUUGCACUUGACAGCGAAUGCGGUUAAGCUCCCCGAGCACGCUCUGCCUGGAAAGACACAGGUAGGAGGCGGGCUGCCUGGUGCACGCUCGCUGCUCGGGGAGGAGUCACCCUCUGCAGCUCUCCUUUCUUGGGAGCUGCCGGCAGUCCCGGGGCGUUGUGGGUUCCGGCGCGCGGGCUGCACCGAGCCGGUGCCCGCAGCCAGGGAUCCCAGGGUCGAGCUCCUUGGCCAGAGAGCGGCGUGCGCUGCCGGGCGCCAUGCUUCUGCUGGGCAUCUUGACCCUGGCUCUUGCCGGGCGACAGGCUGGCGGCUCUGAGCCGGAGCGGGAGGUGGUGGUUCCCAUCCGACUGGACCCGGACAUCAACGGCCGCCACUACUACCGAAGAGGUCCCGAGGACUCCGGGGAUCAGGGACUUAUUUUUCAGAUCACGGCGUUUCAGGAGGACUUUUACCUACACCUGGCGCCGGAUGCUCGGUUCCUGGCACCAGCCUUUGCCUCGGGGCAUCUGGGCACCCCCCUCCGGGUGCUCACUGAGAACUCUGAAGACUUGCGACGCUGCUUCUACUCUGGGGACGUGAACGCGGAGCCGGACUCAUUCGCCGCUCUGAGCCUGUGUGGGGGGCUUCGCGGGGCCUUCGGCUACCAAGGCGCGGAGUAUGUCAUCAGCCCGCUGCCCAACGCCAGCGCGUCCGCGGCGCAGCGCAACAGCCAGGGCACACACCUCCUCCAGCGCCGGGGCGUCCCGGGCGGGUCUUCUGGGGACCGCACCUCGCGCUGCGGGGUGGGCUCGGGCUGGAACCCCGCCAUCCUGCGAGCCCUGGACCCCUACAAGCCGCGGCGGACCGGCCUGGGGGAGAAUCGGGGCGGGCGCAGAUACGGGCGCGCCAAGCGCUUCGCCUCUAUCCCACGGUACGUGGAGACACUGGUGGUGGCUGACGAGUCCAUGGUCAAGUUCCACGGCGCGGACUUGGAGCAUUAUCUGUUGACGCUGCUGGCCACGGCGGCGCGCCUUUACCGUCACCCCAGCAUCCUCAACCCCAUCAACAUCGUUGUGGUCAAGGUGCUGCUUCUUGGCGACCGUGACAGCGGGCCCAAGGUCACCGGUAACGCGGCCCUGACGCUGCGCAACUUUUGCGCGUGGCAGAAGAAGUUGAACGAAGUGAGCGACAAGCACCCUGAGUACUGGGACACCGCCAUCCUCUUCACCAGGCAGGACCUGUGUGGUGCUACAACCUGUGACACCCUGGGCAUGGCUGAUGUGGGCACCAUGUGUGACCCCAAGAGAAGCUGCUCCGUUAUUGAGGAUGAUGGGCUUCCGUCCGCCUUCACCACUGCCCACGAGCUGGGCCACGUGUUUAACAUGCCCCAUGACAACGUGAAAGUGUGUGAGGAGGUCUUCGGGAAGCUCCGAGCCAACCACAUGAUGUCUCCGACCCUCAUCCAGAUUGACCGGGCCAACCCCUGGUCAGCCUGCAGCGCUGCCAUCAUCACGGACUUCUUGGACAGUGGGCAUGGCGACUGCCUCCUGGACCAGCCCAGCAAGCCUGUCUCCCUGCCUGAAGACCUGCCGGGUGCCAGCUACACCCUGAGCCAGCAGUGUGAGCUGGCUUUUGGCGUGGGCUCUAAGCCCUGUCCUUACAUGCAAUACUGCACCAAGCUGUGGUGUACCGGCAAGGCCAAGGGUCAGAUGGUGUGCCAGACCCGCCACUUUCCCUGGGCAGAUGGCACCAGCUGUGGUGAGGGCAAGUUCUGCCUCAAGGGAGCUUGUGUGGAGAGACACAACCCCAACAAGUACAAGGUGGAUGGCUCCUGGGCCAAAUGGGAACCCUAUGGGCCCUGCUCAAGGACCUGUGGUGGGGGCGUGCAGCUGGCCCACAGGCAGUGCAGCAAUCCCGCCCCUGCCAACGGGGGCAAGUACUGCGAGGGAGUGAGAGUGAAAUACCGAUCUUGCAACCUGGAGCCCUGCCCCAGCUCAGCCUCUGGCAAGAGCUUCCGGGAGGAGCAAUGCGAAGCUUUCAAUGGCCACAAUCAUAGCACCAACCGGGUCACCCUUGCUGUGACAUGGGUGCCCAAGUACUCGGGUGUGUCUCCCCGGGACAAGUGCAAGCUCAUUUGCCGAGCUAAUGGCACCGGCUACUUCUAUGUGCUGGCACCUAAGGUGGUGGAUGGAACGCUGUGUGCUCCCGACUCCACCUCGGUCUGUGUCCAAGGCAAAUGCAUCAAGGCUGGCUGCGACGGGAACCUGGGCUCCAAGAAGAAAUUUGACAAAUGUGGGGUGUGUGGGGGAGACAAUAAGAGCUGCAAGAAGGUGACAGGACUCUUCACCAAGCCCAUGCAUGGCUACAAUUUCGUGGUGACCAUCCCUGCAGGUGCUUCAAGCAUCGACAUCCGCCAGCGUGGCUACAAGGGGCUAAUUGGGGAUGACAACUACUUGGCUGUCAAGAACGGCCAAGGCAAGUACUUGCUCAACGGCCACUUUGUGGUGUCAGCUGUGGAGAGGGACCUGGUGGUGAAGGGCAGUGUGCUGCGGUACAGUGGGACGGGCACAGCAGUGGAGAGUCUGCAGGCUUCCCGGCCCAUCCUGGAGCCCCUGACUGUAGAGCUCCUUUCUGUGGGCAAGAUGACGCCACCCCGGGUCCGCUACUCCUUCUAUCUACCCAAAGAGCCCCGGGAGGACAAGUCUCCCCACCCUAAAGCCCCCCGGGGUCCCUCUGUGCUGCACAACAGUGUUCUCAGCCUUUCCAACCAGGUGGAGCACCCAGAUGACAGGCCUCCAGCACGCUGGGUGGCAGGCAGCUGGGGACCAUGUUCUGUGAGCUGUGGCAGUGGCCUGCAGAAGCGGGCAGUGGAUUGCCAGGGCCUCCCGGGGCUGCGUGGAGCCUCAGCCUGCGACAUUGCUCAUCGACCGGUGGAGACGCGAGCCUGUGGAGAGCCAUGCCCUACCUGGGAGCUGGGGACCUGGUCACCCUGCUCCAAGAGCUGUGGCCGUGGCUUUAAGAGGCGUUCGCUCAAGUGCCUGGGCCAUGGAGGCCGGCUGCUGGCCAGAGACCAGUGCAACCUGCGCCGCAAGCCCCAGGAACUGGACUUCUGCAUCUUGAGGCCAUGCUGAGCAACACAACACAGGUUGUCCCUGUGUCCUCCUCACUCUCCGCCCCACUGCUGUGCCCAUGUCAGGCCACUUGGAUCAGUGGGCAGAGGGCAGCGUCCAGGGGCCCAUGCCGCUGUGUCACUCACAUCCAGGGACAAGGCCCCGAGGCUGGGCUGAGACGUCCCUUCUUCCUCCCUGGGCUGGGCAGGGCAUGCUAACUUACGCACAGUCUACCUCACGCCCCGCUGCUCCCGGGCCCAGGUGCUGGCAUAGGCUGCGAGGGGCAGCGGCUGGGCGAAGGGACCUGGAGGAUGGGCAGAUCCUAGGGCAGAAUUUCAGGGACCUGGGCCCCUCCUUCAGGGAGACCCCUGGCUUCUGGAAGAGCGGUGGCCCAGCAGCCUGGUACCCUCAGGUGGCCCCAGGGGCUCUGAUCCAUCUCUGAAAGAGGCAGGGUUUCGUGGUGCUUUCAGCUCACACUCCUUUCCUGAUUGACAAGCACUGAGCAGCAAGAAGUGGCCAAGUGGGCUGAACCUGGGGGAGCAGAGAGACGAGGCAGUGCUAGAGCUCCGGCUGCUGAAUCUGGGAAAAAAACCUGACCAUUCCAGGUCUCUCAGCUCCUGUACUGGGCCUUGCUCCUUUAAGAAGCAGGCGCGCCUUCCUGUGACUUUCAAGGCGGAAGACUAGUGAGAAGGUUUUUUCUUAGAUAUCCCCCUGAAGCAUGUCAGAUAGAGGCAGAAAGCAGAGAGGGAGCUUGGCACUCUGAGAAAGACACUGAUGCUUCUAGGGGGUGAUGGACUUGGUGGUGGAAGCAUAGACUUGGAGGGGCGAUCUGAAGGGCUCUGCUGAGUGAUGGGUGGGUAUCCGCUGAGCUCUGUGUUCUGAGGGUGUUGCCAUGGAUGGGAGGUGGAGACCUCAGUUCUGAUGAUGUCUUUCUUUUGAGAGGCAUC